AAGCGGGGUUGGGGGCGCACGGUCUCCGCCCUGCUCUAGGACACCUGCUCCCAUAACGCCCUCGGCAGCUUGGGGCGGGCGCUUCCGGCACUGCUGCAGACCCCGGGCAUCCGGCACCCUCCAGUGUCGCUGGGAAUAGACGCCAAGGCCUCACCGGCUAAGUGGAUUGACUUCACAGGUUUCCAACUAAUUCCACGUUUUUGAAAGGCGCUGUUUGGAGACCUGGCCUGGGGCCGGCAGCUGUAGUGGAGGGUAGGCGCCCCUCAGACUGAGAUCGCGACUUGUUUGGCCUGCACCACGUUCCUGAAAUGUACAGGUGCACUUCGUGGCCCCAGAGAAGAGGGGUCUGGGGGCGGCGGACGGUGGACCCGGGGGCGUUCAGCUAGACAGGUUAGGUACGCAGUGCGCGGUUUUCGUGCAAAUGAUUAUCGAGGCCUGCGAGCUCGGGACUUUACUAUUCGCACAUUAAAAAAAAGAAAAGGAAUCCGAUUGACCGUGUCACUUGGUCAAAGGCGCCCAGCGGAAACGGCCAGGCGACCUCCGGGCUCUGAAGUUCUCUGCAGGAGACCCUGAGCCCCGACUUCCCCACCUAUCUGGGGGCGAGGUCUCCUUCCACGGUCACCACCUCCACGGCACGCGCCCCCACCGCCGCGGGGCGGGGAUCUAGCCCCCUCUCGAGCACGUGGUCACGCGCCAGCCCGGGCGAGGAGACGUGGGCGCCGCUCUAGCCGCCGCGGCGCAGGUGCCGGAGUCUCGCUGGCGUGACGUACUUCCGGCGCGGUGGGGGGGAGGCAAGAUGGCGGCUCCCAUGGAAGUGGCCGUGUGUACGGACUCGGCGGCCCAGCUGUGGAGCUGCAUCGUGUGGGAGCUGCAUUCGGGCGCCAAUUUGCUCACGUACCGCGGCGGCCAGGCCGGACCCCGCGGCCUGGCGCUGCUCAAUGGCGAGUACCUGCUGGCGGCGCAGCUGGGCAAGAACUACAUCAGCGCCUGGGAGCUGCAGCGGAAGGACCAGCUCCAGCAAAAGAUCAUGUGUCCUGGACCUGUCACCUGUCUGACCACAUCGCCCAAUGGCCUGUAUGUCCUGGCGGGGAUUGCAGAGAGCAUAUACCUGUGGGAGGUCUCCACGGGGAACCUUCUGGUCAUCCUGAGCCGCCACUAUCAGGAUGUGUCAUGCUUGCGGUUCACUGGGGACAGCAGCCACUUCCUCUCGGGGGGCAAAGACUGCCUGGUGCUGGUGUGGAGCCUGUGCAGCGUGCUGCAGGUGGACCCCUCCAGGACCCCAGCCCCCCGGCAUGUCUGGUCUCGUCACACCCUCCCCAUCACAGACCUGCACUGUGGCUUUGGGGGGCCCCUGGCCCGGGUGGCCACCUCUUCGCUGGACCAGACGGUGAAGCUGUGGGAGGUCUCGUCGGGCGAGCUCCUGCUCUCUGUGCUGUUCGACGUGGCCAUCGUGGCCGUGACCAUGGACCUGGCCGAGCACCACCUGUUCUGUGGCGGCAGCGACGGUUCCAUCUUCCAGGUCGACCUUUGCACCUGGCCUGGGCAGAGAGAGAAGACCUUCCAGCCGGAGCAGGACAGCGGGAAGGCGUUCAGAGGGCACAGGAACCAGGUGACCUGCCUGUCCGUGUCUACUGAUGGCAGCGUGCUGCUCUCCGGCUCCCACGAUGAGACCGUGCGCCUGUGGGACGUCCAGAGCAAGCAGUGCAUCAGGACGGUGACCCUCAAAGGCCCUGUGACCAACGCCUCCAUCAUGCUGGCGCCGCUCAGCAUGCUGAGCUCGGACUUCAGGCCGGGCCUGCCCCUGCCCCACUUCAACAAGCACCUGCUGGGCGCUGAGCACGGGGAUGAGCCCCACCGAGGGGGCUUCACGCUGCGCCUGGGCCUCCACCAGCAGGGCUCGGAGCCCAGCCACCUGGAGCGGGCAGAGCAGCUGCACGCGGUGAUGAGCGGCACGAUGGAGAAGAGCGUCCUGGGCGGCCAGGACCAGCUGCGGAUCCGCGUGGCCGAGCUGGAGGACGAGGUGCGGAACCUGCGGAAGGUCAACCGCGACCUGUUCGACUUCUCCACGCGCAUCAUCACACGGCCGGCCAAGUGAGCCCCCCGCCCGCCGAGCGGCCCCUGGACGUGUUGCCCCCUCGAGGAGCCAACCACGUGUUGGCCACCGGUGCCUCCGUGCGGCUUCUGGUGCUGCUCUGUCUUUAACAAAAGGACUAAAAGCCUCUUCUCUCCAACCCUCUAUGUGCCCUGGCAGUGGUGGGGGGUGGUCCCAGGUCCCGCGUGGUAGCCCCAGGACUCCUAGCGGGACCUGUUUCAGCAGAGCUCCCUGAGUCCGGUUUUUAAAACUCUUGUCAAGAAGUCAUGGUUCUUUUCAGAGACUGGUCGCCUGCCCCAGGGCUUUUGCUCGACCGUGAGGACCAGGCCACACUCGGUGGGAGGGUGUGCUGGGGCAGGGGUGGCUUCUGAGGUGCGGGUGGAGGUUACCCGGGGCAGGAAUGGUUCAGAGAGCGCAGUGUGGUCCCACUGGUCCCGUCCCUUUGAUGGCCUCCCAGCAAGGGUGCCCCCAGCCUGGCUCACGUGGUGGCGGUUCUGGGCCAGAGUCCUCCAGAAGGACGUGUACCCACACGGCCCGAUGAGAACGUCCCUUGGCCUAAAAGGGCCUGAGAGAGGCCAGGGACACCUGCCCUGGGGAUGUGGCCAGUGGUCAGCCGGCACCUGGAGCCCCAGCUCAGACACGUGGGCCCCAUAGCCAUCCUCGGAACUUUCCAGAAGGCUGCCCACCCCUGACAGCUCAGCUUAAUGACCUAGAAAAUCCACGUGAUUGAGCAGGUGCUGGAGAACCUGGAGCUGGAACCAGCAGUCCCAGCUGGGAUCCCGCUCCUGGGCUCAGGGAUGGCCCCUUCCUCUGGCUGUGCGCCCUGGCCACGGGUCUCGCCACACGGCAGCUGAUAGGGCAUGAGAUGGGGUCCUGCUGGCUAACUGGGGACACCACGUUGUAAGCCCCCCCCC